UUUGUUUUAUAAAAACACACAGAAGAAUUACUUGGCACUUUCUCCCUUCUCUCUAUAUAAAUGCCUGGUCUGAGCCACCAUAGGGAGGCAUCAUUUAUCAUUUUGUGGCAGCUUUUCACUACAGCUGCUUGCAGGCAGGGACUGUUUUUCAUUUAUAUCUUUACCUGGCCUCUAUUAAGAGCUAAGUAAAUAUUAAGCAGAUCUGGUGAAGGAGAAAAAUACUUGAGAAGCAUUGGAAUGUCACUUUUGAGAAAAGUAAAAUACAUUAUUACUUUUCAAGUAUAGGAAAUAGUAUAGCACGUGUUACUGUAAGGAAGUCAAACAGCUUGAUUUUUAGAUGUAUUCAUACAGUUACUGCAUAUAUCCUGAAUGGGCCUGAAUAAAGACCCAAAUAAAUGCAGCUUCAUUUAUCCCUUAUUUGGGGAUAUAUAAACUGUCUCCUGAAUACCCAAAUAAAGGAAAUAUAUCUGACAGGGAAUUUUCUUUUAAAUAUUAAAUCUUUAUUUUUCUUUUAAAAUAUUGAAUUCCUCCGAGCUCUCCUAUCCAUAUUAUAUUAAAAAUCUUUAAAUUAAUAUGGAGUUUAUAGUCUAUCUUGAGUUCUGUAUUCAGAUAUAGUGUUUUUUUCAGCCAUAUCUCAUUGUUGAAAACUUAGAUUGUGUACAAAUUUUCUUUAAUAUAAACCAACCUCCUUGAAUCUCAAUUCUUUGUGUUCUGAAUAUCACUGCUGCCUUCCUUAAGCUAAAUUCCUAGGAGCAGAGUUAUUAAGAUUUUGGUUUAAAACACACUACCAAAUUCUAUCCUAGAAAAAUUGAACUGCUUUAUCCUCUUACUGGCAGUUUACAAAUAGUCAUUCUGCAUGUUUAAAAUUACUGGGUAGUUACGUACAGAGUUCUGCUUUGCCUGCUGUUUGACCACUUCAGGGUAUUCUUUCUCUUGAUUACACUCUUUACUCUGCUAGUUAUCUCGAAAGGUCCCAGAGUUAGUAUAUUGACUCAGGUGCCAAAGCAGAAUUGUUAAUGAUAAGGUCAUCUCAGACAUGGCAUCAGCAAGAGACUAGUUCAAACAUUAAAAAAAAAAAAAAAAAAAAAGGAAGAGGCACGUUUUAUAUAGCCCUUACUGUGUGAGGUUCUGUUUUAAGUACUUUACAUCUGUCAGCCCAUAUUCAUCCUUGCAGCCACUCUAUAAAGUUUGUACUGUUACUGUGCCCUCUUUAUAGGUGAGGAAACUGAUUCACCUACAGAGAGGUUAAGUAGUUUAGUUUACUAGUAGUUUAGUUUACUCAAGAUCUGAAUUUGUGGGAUAUAACUCUAAAACCCAAAUAUUUGUGCCAGAAAAAAAUGCAUUUAUUCAUUUUCUUUUAUUAAAGUAAUCCUUGUUUGGGGAAAAAAAUAGAAUAUUCAGAUAAGCAAACAAAGAAACAAGCAAAAACCUCCCAAAUGACUCAUAAUCCACUAUUCCAAAGUUCUCAUUUAGUUAAGUGGCAUAAUUUUGCACAUAAUGUGUUUUAGCUUUUUUUUUUUUUAAUGACAGUGUUCUGUAAACAUGCUCCCAUGUCGUUAACCAUAGAUCUCUCUUAACAUUUUACUGGCCACCUAGUAUUUCAUUUUAUGGAUAUACUGAAUUUAUUUAACCAAUCCCCUUUGGUAACUUUGUUAGUUGACACUUUUUGGCUGAUAACAACCUGUUCUAAAUGUACAGCUCCAGUCUUGCUAUUUCCUCAGGAUAAAUUCCUAGGAUUGACUGUUGUGUUGUUUAACUUCAUACCUUUGGUCCUGUCCAAUUGCUACACUGUCAUCAUCCUCUCAGUGAUUAACAGGCCUUUUAACCCAACAUCCUUAGCCUUAGGCUGAGAGAUUGACAUCUCCUCAGUAAGAAACCUCAGAGUUCUUAAUACCCAAAUUCGUCUCUUCUAAUCUGACAUAUCAGUUGAAAUUUUUAUAAUUUUGAAGAUUAACUUUAUAAUGGUGAUUGGUGCUUUCUGGGUGUUUUGUUUGUUUGAUUCUGUUUUUAAAGAACUUACCAUUGCUUCUCUUGCCAGUGAAACGUAACAAUAUGUUUUAAAGAAAGACUUUAAGUGCCUUUCCGAGCUACCCGGGGAAGGGUCCAUAGGGCGUUGUUUUGCAUUCCCGUCAUAACUUAAAGGGAAACUUUGACAAUGUCCGGAGCCCUUGAUGUCUUGCAAAUGAAGGAGGAGGAUGUCCUCAAAUUCCUUGCAGCAGGAACCCAUUUAGGUGGCACCAACCUUGACUUUCAAAUGGAACCGUACAUCUACAAAAGGAAAACUGAUGGUAUCUACAUCAUAAAUCUGAAGAGAACACGGGAGAAGCUUCUGCUGGCAGCUCGUGCCAUUGUUGCCAUUGAAAACCCAGCUGAUGUCAGUGUCAUAUCAUCCAGGAACACUGGCCAGCGAGCUGUGCUGAAAUUUGCUGCUGCUACCGGAGCCACUCCUAUUGCCGGCCGCUUCACUCCUGGAACCUUCACUAACCAGAUCCAGGCAGCCUUCCGGGAGCCGAGACUUCUGGUGGUUACUGAUCCCAGGGCUGACCACCAGCCUCUUACAGAGGCGUCCUAUGUUAACCUGCCUACCAUUGCUCUGUGUAACACAGACUCUCCUCUGUGCUAUGUGGACAUUGCCAUCCCUUGCAACAACAAGGGAGCUCACUCAGUGGGUCUGAUGUGGUGGAUGCUGGCCAGGGAAGUUCUGCGCAUGCGUGGCACCAUUUCCCGAGAACACCCAUGGGAGGUCAUGCCUGAUCUCUACUUCUACAGAGAUCCUGAAGAGAUUGAAAAGGAAGAGCAAGCCGCUGCUGAAAAGGCUGUGACCCAGGAGGAAUUUCAGGGUGAAUGGACAGCUCCAGCUCCUGAGUUCACUGCUACUCAGCCUGAAGUCGCAGACUGGUCUGUAGGCGUGCAGGUGCCCUCGGUGCCUAUUCAGCAGUUCCCUACUGAAGACUGGAGUGCCCAGCCGGCCACUGAAGACUGGUCUGCAGCUCCCACUGCUCAGGCCACUGAAUGGGUAGGAACAACCAUUGAGUGGUCUUAAGCUGGUCUUCCACAAAGGGAAACAAAAUGGAAAUAGAAAUGGAAAAGGUUGACGGAAAAUAAACA